UGUCCAUACCUUGAGUUUGGCGGCCUAGAUGAUAGAGGAGUGUCCGCCCUUCCUGCGAUAGGAAACUGACGUAAAUGCACCAGAGCAGAGGAAUCUCGGGCUUAAAUUAAGCGCGUUUUCACCACUUUUUUACUGAAACUACAUGUCUUUUUACAUUUUCGUUCCACAACGUAACCAGUUUUUGUUGCUUUAAAGCGGACAGUAAAAAAAAAAAAAACAGCUGCCGAGAAGAACAGACGAGAGAAGAAAGAGCAGUGGAUAACGUUGACCUGGGUUUGUCAUGGCUGAUCUGCUGAGGCUGCUGCUCCGGGUGGCUGAGAAAGCGGCCAAUGUGGCCCGGGUCUGUAGGCAGGAGGCUCAGCUUUUUCAGCUCCUCGUUCAAGAGAAGACUGGAGAUGACAAGAACAAGAAGUUUGUCCAGGACUUCAAGACACUGGCAGACGUGGUGAUCCAGGAAAUGAUCCGUCAUGAUGUUGGUGCACAGUUUCCUGAGAUGGCUGAUUUCAUUCACGGAGAGGAGUCCAACAAGUUUGAGAACGGCCUUGGAGAGAGUGUGACGGUCACAGUGUGUGGCACAGAGCAGGAGACCGCCACGCUGCUCGCCACAGUGCUGGAUGGCGAUCACGUGGCAGCAUCUCUGCUUGCUCGAGCGAUCCACCAGGACCCAGCGACCAUCGUCGCCAACACUGACAGUCUGAAGGUGCCCCUUAGCCCCUCCGAGCUCGGCAUCUGGAUUGACCCUAUAGAUGCCACCAGUCAGUACAUAGAGGGCAGAGAGGAGGUGCUGGAGGAGGGACACCUCUUCCCUUCAGGUCUGCACUGCGCUCUGGUCCUCAUCGGGGUUUUUCUACGGAACACUGGUGAGCCUGUCAUGGGUGUCAUCAACCAGCCGUUCAACCAUAAAAUCCCAGAAGGUGGAGGCUGGAGGGGGAGGCACUUCUGGGGGGUGUCCUAUGGCAACGUAAACGUGUGCUCGGAGUCUCUGCCAGCAGCUGGAUCAGGAGGGCGUCUGUCUGUGGUGCUGAGCUCCAGUGAGAAGCAGGUGGUGAAGGAAGCUCUGACGUCGCUGUGCGGCCCUGACAGGCUGAUGUACGCCUCUGGAGCCGGAUACAAGAUCCUGUGUGUGAUUCAGGGCCUGGCUGAUGUUUACGUCCUGUCAGAGGGGAGCACCUUUAAGUGGGACUCCUGCGCCCCUCAUGCCCUGCUCCGAGCCCUCGGUGGAGGGGUGGUGGACCUUCGUAAGAGUCUACAGUCGAGCUCCAAAGCACAGGAUCAGCAGAUAGAACUGACCUAUCACCAGCCAUACACUGAGUGUAAAGGAGCAAACCGCUGGGCCAACCAUGGCGGCCUGGUGGCUUAUAGAGACUGUUCUCAACUGUGCAGUGUCACAGGAGCUCUGAGAGGAAAGCUGUAGUCAGGGAGAGGUGGAUAUAAUCAGUGCAAGAUGAAAUAUUUUACUUUCAAGUAAUCCUGUCUACUUUUUAAAUUGAUAUAUUUAAAAGUUGUGUAUAUUACAAAAGUCCUGCCUUCGUUAAAUAUCUUCAAACGGCUUCUUUAUCAGCGGAGAGUACAAGUUAUGGUUGGGUUGCAUAUUGAAAAAAGAAAAAACAUAGAGCUAAAUGUGGCUGAAACAGCAUUUCUAAUAAAAGUACACAGGACUUGUGGUUCCAGGAGCUAGGGCUGCGUGAUAUGACUUUAAAUGUGAUGUGUGCGUGUUCAAUGGUCACAUCGCAGGAGGACCGGGAGCAUCAAGCAGAUUACCUGAAGCACGUCAUGCAGCUCCUUUUUUUUUUUGCCUUGAUGUAGAAAACAUAAAACUGACAAUUUUCUCAUCUUUUAUAACUUUUCUAUAAAUAAUAAUGUCAGUCUGAUAUCACAUUAGUGCAUCUCUUUUGAAAUGGUUUCUUUUACAGGACUGGACAUGCAGUCUGAAUGUUACUUUGAACGACAUAAGAAAUGGUGGACGACAUCCGAGUAACUCAACUGCUACCAAGAAGUCCAUGCUUUAUUCAGAGGUCUAAGUGUGGUUAAAGUGGAUAUGUUAGUAGUAAAGAGACUUUAAAGUUCCAAAUAAUAAAAAUUGUAAAAGCUCA